UGAGAAAUGAGAAUUGGUUCUAGAAGCAGUUUCCUUUCUGGUUGUGAAUGUGAGCCCCGCAGACGCCAUGAGCUCCGUGCAGGAGACGCAGCCCGUGCUUGACACAUGUGUUUCCCAUUGAUAGCUGGAGACAGCCCAGUAGCUGCGUGUCGGCCUGACAAAGCCGUAUUGAAGUACAGAGUACGGUUUCAAAGCAGUCAGAAAAAGAACGGGAAUGCUGUUCAGGAAAUUCUUCAGGCAUGGGCAGGGACUUGGCUGCAGCUCUGCAGUUGGAAAAUCUUACUGGGGCAGCUUCUGAACACAGCUGGGCCUGCUCAUACUCAGCGGGCCCAGUGGCCGCCUCCUUCCCAGCGUCUCAGCACAGCCCGGAGAUCAGCCGCUUUGUGAAACAGACAAGAGAGAUGCCUCAGGAACAGUACACACACCACCGGAGCACCAUGCCUAGCUCUGAGGGUCCACAAGUAUACAAAGUGGGAAUUUAUGGCUGGCGGAAAAGAUGCCUGUAUUUCUUUGUCCUACUCCUCAUGAUUUUGAUCCUGGUGAACUUGGCCAUGACCAUCUGGAUUCUCAAAGUCAUGAACUUCACAAUUGAUGGAAUGGGAAACUUGAGGAUCACAGAAAAAGGUCUGAAGCUGGAAGGAGACUCAGAAUUCUUACAACCUCUCUACGCCAAAGAAAUCCAGUCCCGACCAGGUAACGCCCUGUACUUCAAGUCAGCCAGAAAUGUUACAGUGAAUAUUCUCAAUGACCAGACUAAAGUGCUAACUCAGCUAAUAACAGGUCCAAAAGCCAUAGAAGCUUAUGGCAAAAAGUUUGAGGUAAAAACUGUUUCUGGAAAAUUGCUCUUCUCUGCAGAUGACAAUGAAGUGGUAGUAGGAGCUGAGAGAUUAAGAGUUUUAGGAGCGGAGGGCACAGUGUUCCCUAAAUCUAUAGAAACACCUAAUGUCAGGGCAGAUCCCUUCAAGGAACUAAGAUUGGAGUCCCCAACCCGUUCUCUGGUGAUGGAGGCCCCAAAAGGAGUAGAAAUCAAUGCAGAAGCAGGCAAUAUGGAAGCUACCUGCAGAACAGAGCUGAGAUUGGAGUCCAAAGACGGAGAGAUUAAGUUAGAUGCUGCGAAAAUCAAACUACCUAGAUUGCCUCAUGGAUCCUACACGCCUACAGGAACGAGGCAGAAGGUCUUCGAGAUCUGCGUCUGCGCCAAUGGAAGAUUAUUCCUGUCACAGGCAGGAACUGGUUCCACUUGUCAGAUAAACACAAGUGUCUGCCUUUGAAAGACUAUCCAUAGUGGACUUUGUUGGUAGCAUAAAAGCCUUUUUGGCUUUAGACACUGGCUGCCAGCUAUUUUUACUAGAACACGGAAAGCCUAUCAAAGACCUUUUGUGUGUGUGUGUAUGUGUGUACGCGUGGGUGGGUGUGUAAGUGUGUUUGUGUGUAUGGGUGGAUAUAAAUAUAUAUAAAUAUAUAUAAAUAAAUAUAUAUAUAUCCUCUUAAUAAAAUGAGGUUUCAGUACAAAAGGAACCAUGGGUGACCCUGUGAUAUCCACUAUCAUUUUCCAUCCCAUCUCCACCACCGACAUGACAAAACUAAACACUAAUUCCACACCAACAUUCCCCAAGCCCUUGCGAUUCAUACAGCAUAUUGGACUCUUAGAAAAUACUCAUCUACAUAUUUGAGUAACAGUGUAUCUUCUCCUUUAAUGUCAUUAUGAGGCAGUGAUGGCGGGAAUCUCCAAACCAUGCUCAAAUGCUAAGAACCUUGUAUUGAAAUUAGACCUUUGGUUUACUUUUUCAGCUUUAGUAAGGCUGACCAACUUCAAUUUGGGAAUAGAGCAACACCAUAGAAGUCAGCCAUAGAAACUCAAAAUGGCUGCCCUACCUUUGCACAGGGGCUUUGCAUGAGGAGGAUGGAUUUUAGCAAAUAUUGAACUGCUCACCCUCUUUCUACUAUCUUACUUCCUUCAAAGUCACGUAUCCUCCUGCAGUCAAAAUAGGAGCUGUAAAUCGGCACAAAAUGGGAUAACAGCUGUUCCUCAGUCAGCUGGAAGCUACUCAGUAGCCUGACAGGCAAAGAAUAAAUAGGCGCUAUGUCUCUGUUCAAAGGAAAAAUGUCUCAAAAGCUGUUAUAAGUCACUUCUGACUUUAUCUGAAAGACUUCCACCCAAAACAUCAGGUCAUUCAAAAUCUUUAAGAGUGGAACUCCUACUCUAAAAGAAGCCAUUUUGAGAUAAAAUCUAAACAAUAGUAGCAUAGGAACCUACUUAUUUUCUAUAUGUUCCUUGCUAUUGAUAGGUAAUUUAGAGACAUGCCUUUAUUUUUAAAAGUAUACAUAAACUCUCUGGAUCUGAUCUUCUUAUAAAUAUUUUUUAUACCUAGACUUUUUAUAUCUGUAAAUCCACUGCAAUGUUUUAUCCAAGAAUCACAGAGCUAAAAUACUACAUGCCAUAAAAAUUGUGCACAGAAAGUUAAUAUAAACUAAGUCAAGAGUCAUUUUAGAAUCACUGUGUACCCGAGGGCCCAGCUGUACUCCCCUAACCCCAUAUGUGAAAGCAAUCCUCUAAUUCCUGCCAUCAGCUACUCUCAUCACUCCACCUUCAUCAUCAUGCUCCAGGGUCACCCUGGCCAGCUCUUGUGCUGGGACAGGGGAUUACACCAUCUCUGUUCAAAGAGGGGGAAAUGUGCCUAUGCCUUAAGUCAAUGCACUCAGCAAGGAGAAGCACAUCCUAUUUAUCUUGUUACCUGUAGUUUAUUUUGGGUACUUCGGAGGGGAAUGCUUAGUUAUGACUGGGUAUCUUAAACGCUGGUAGACAAACCAAAUGGUUGACAUAUGGGACUCUAAGGAGCCCAAAAUGAAGAUGUAACUGGCUUAGACAGUACUCGAUGCCAUUUGGUAAGCAGCGGCCCCACAAUCCUAAUGAAGUUGUAUUUGUAGGCCUGAAUGGUGUUUGUUUUUGUUUGUUUGUUUUUUUCCUCAACAAGGUUCUAAUUUUUGUUACUUCAUACAUGGGGGGG